CCUGACUCUUGACAAUACAGAACUUCAGAUGAAAUUGAGAGAGGCCCUAAUUCAGAAGAAACAAGAUGAGGAAUCAAAGAAUGAUCUUAUUGAUCAUAAAGAUGAUUUAGAAAAUAGACUAGCAAAGAGCUAUAACAAGAUAGAAUCACUUAAAUCAGAAAACAUUGAACUUAAAUCAGAAAACAUUGAGCUUAAAUCUGAAAACAUUGAGUUAAAAUCUGAAAGAGAUUCUUAUAAAAAGAAAUGCAAGAAGCCUAAGUCACCACGAAAGGAGACUCCUCGUAAGCCUAGAAUCCCAAGGGCUCCCAAGAAGUAUCCUAUCGAAGAGAACAAGGAAGAUCAACCUGUAGAGUUUCAGAAGAAGAUUGAACUUGAAUCUUAUACAACAGAGAGUGAGAUUGUUAUUUCUGGAAUGAUUCAAAAUUCUGAGGAAGCUGCUAUAGAAGAGGAUGGCUCGAAUGAGUCAGAAGAGGAAGAUGGGCAAAGAGAACUACAUCCUCAGUAAUCUCUGCCCAAGCUUAUCUCCAGACCAUGGCUUAGGGCCAUUCAUCCCAUAAUUCUUACUUUUCUCAAGCCAGUUAUUC